UAUACUAAAAGAGGGAAAGUGAAUAGUUUUCACUCUUCCUCGUUCUAUCUUCUUGUUCUACAUCUCCUCGGCCGUUUCCUCCGGAGGAUUCCGAUCCCUCUCUCUCUCUCUCUCUUUUAUCAUUCUUGUACCUACUUUGGACUUGAACUGUUCUUCCUUAGAUUGCUUGAUUUGUCUGGGUUAUUCGUCUCCCUGCGGAAUCGAUUAUCGAGGAUCCAACUUUUUUGUUUUUUUUUUUUCUCAAUCGCCGCCAUGAGUUCCUCGAUCCAGAUCGUUGAUGAGCAGCAAUUAGAUGUUUUGCCUCUUCAAGAUCAGGAUGAAAAGAAGACUCAAGAAGUGAGCAAUGAGCUGGGUUUCGGGAACCAUGGCGGCUGUUGUGCAAUCUGCUUGGAUACUAUACCUCUUCAAGAAACUGCUAUGGUUAAAGGCUGUGAGCAUGCUUACUGCCCUGUUCAAAACAUCGGCCGAUUUGACCGAUUCCACGCCGUGUAAUCGCUAGGCAGCAAGGAGCCGCCGCGAUUAUGUACAAAUCGGACAGAAAAAGAAAAAAAAUCAUUUUUGAGUUGAUUGUUCACUUAAAUAUGAUGUUACUUGUGGAGAUCUACUAUUUUUAUGUUAUAUCCAGUUGCAAAUAUGAUGAAAUCUGUAAAAAUUGAGUAAAAAAAAAGUUGGCUGCCAUGAUUAGGUUUUACAGUUUCCGAAUCGUGAAUGGAGAAGAUGACUAAUAAAUUA